AUGAAUUACAUUAAAAAGAUUAGAGCUCUCGUCUUUAAUAAUAAAAGGCAUGAAUUGAUCAACCGUGCCAUUGACGAAGCUCAAUUUGCAAAUCCUGGAACAUUUUCUCAAAUAAAUGAAACAUAUGCAGGACAGAUAAAACAUAUCGAAAAUAAUUCGUAUCUCACUAUUAGAGAAAAAGCAAAGGCAAAAAACCACAUAGUAAGUCUUAAAGACAUUGAAAAUUUGCUUCGCAUCAAGGGAUUUUUGAAUUGGACAUCGGGAAAUGAGUUUAUCGAUAAGGCUAUUCAAAGCUCACAAAUGACACUUCCAUUACCACAAUAUAUAGUGGAGUGGAUUCCAUAUCAAGAUCUGAAAAGGAUUACAUAUAAAACGAAAGGAGGCUUUGCAUUAAUAUAUUCAGCUAUAUGGGUAAAGGGGCGGUUUGAAUCUUUUGAUAAAAGCAAACUAAAGCUAAAGCGGUUUGGUUCGACACCUGUUGUUUUAAAACGGCUAAUUGGUUCGAAUAACAUGGACCCUAAAUUUUUAAAAGAG